ACAUCUGAAACCUCGAUGGAGAUCAGACGUCGAGUGUGUUCAAGUGAUUCGAGCUGCGUUCACUACGGGGACUGCUGUUUCGACGCCGACGUCGCUUCAAACGAUGCAUCCCGGAAGAACACAAGCUGCGUUUCACUACUCGAUCAUAAGAGUGUUCUUCGCAAAAUAGUGAUGGUCACUCGCUGCAAUGACUCUUGGCCGGAAGACGAGGUCAGGAAGGGCUGUGAGGACGCUGGCGCUAGAAACGAAACAUUCCACCGAAUCCCAGCAACGAGUGGGAGCGGAUACACUUAUUCAAACGGGUUCUGCGCACUCUGCAAUUACGACAGCAAGAGCUGGGUUUUCUGGACUGUCUCAUCUGUAGAGAGCAAGCGAGCGACCUUUGACUUGCAGGUGGACUCUCUUAAAAGGAACUUGCGUUACUGCACUGCAAGCGCAAAUUACAGCGACACAUGCGGAAGAGUUAACGGCAGUGAAUUCAUAGAAGCAGAAAGCAAGUGCAAGCUUUACUUGGAGCCUGUUCGACAAAACUACACCGGCAAAACAUACAAGAACGUGUACUGCGCCCUUUGUGAUGAAGUGAACAUAACUUCGCUUGUAUGCUAUCCUGUCGAAGGAGGAAGCAUCGCCGACAAUGUUGAUCCCCCUGAUGGGUCUAGCGCGUUCAGAGGCAUCACUGUCAAGAGGCUGACAAUCAACGCCACAUCAUGUGCUGCCUGGUUCGACGGCAAGUGUUACAUCAACGACACAACCUACCGGUACAAGGGGAACGCGUUCGCGAGUAACACCACGGGCGACGAGUCUUACACCUACACCUACCAACACUACCUCAUCAUGAUCUGCAUUGGACUGUCGCUAUUCUUCCUCAUCAUGAAGGGCAUCACCUACGCCGUCUUUAGCGCGGCCCGCAACUUCGCGUCUCGCUGCAACCUAUGCUUGUCGGCGACGCUCUUCUUCACUCAACUUGUCUACAUCCUGGCCGGCUAUCUCGACGUUCCCCCCGACGUCUGCGUGGCGUCCUCCGUUAUUCAGCACUUCGGUUUCGUCGCCACUUUCGCCUGGACCACGGUGCUGUCGUUCGACAUGUGGAGGAACAUUUCGUCCAUGCGUGUAACCACAAGAAGUGACCAGACGUUGAUUUUUUACGGAACCGUAGCGUGGGGCGUCCCGUUUCUAUUCGUGGCCGCGUGCUGUGGACUGAACUGGGGUGCCCCGUGGUCUCCGUACUCGCCCGCUUACGGCCAGUACUACUGCUUCUUCGGCAAGUAUCGUCCUUACGUCGCCUUCUUCCUCGUUCCCAUGGGCGUGCUGCUGGCAGUUGACAUGGGACUGUAUGCGCACAUCGUCAUAUACGUGAGACGAACCAAGGACUUCAGGAAGGGCAUGGUCUCCAACAAGGAUCAGCCUUCCGACAUGGCGUUGUUCUUCAAGCUCGCCCUCAUCAUGGGCGCAUCCUGGUUUCUAGGACUGCUGAACUUCAUCAACUCAUCAGUAAUCCAAGUCCUGACGAGCAUCCUGAACGGUCUGCAGGGUGUCUAUCUAUUCUUCGGCUUCCAGGACUACAAGUACUACGUGGAUGCGUUGAAGGCCAGGAACAAUAAGGAUAAGCGGACACUGUCGUCGUCUGCCUCCAACUGUUCCAAUACCACGGAAGUGCAUAGUGUGAGUGACCUUCCCGCAGCCAGUGACGACCCUGAGAGACAGCGGGGUGUAAAACUUCCCAUGGAAAAUAUUUCACGGGCCAAAUGACCAUAUGAAAAGAA